AUCCACCUGUCUUCUUGACAGUAGCUCAACAGGGAGUUGAAGCGAGCAGUAAAAAAGUGUUGUUGGAUUUUUCUGCAGCGUCUAGCAUCAACCAGAUCUGUUAAUAUUUUCUGUAUUCUCAUUAGAAAUACUGUUAAAAUUACUGUUUGAUGUAGUUGUGCCUGCUUAAAGUUUCAAUAAUUUGCUAUCAAUUUCGCUGAGUCACCGAAAACAGUGCUUGUGGUGACCGGGAAAUACACGAUCGAAUUUCGCGAGAAAUAGCAAAGCAAAAUGGCUUCCAUCAUAGAAAGUGAAGAAGAACUGGCGUGUUUGAGUCGAGAAAUUGAUGAGGAGCUUGAUGAGAUUGCAAGCACUUGCACUUGGAUUUUAGCACAGAACUACCUUAAGCCUACGAUUAACAAUGUCGUAACAAUCGGCGAUAUAGCGCUUCUGAAGAUGUUGGGUUCUGAAUCCUUUAUAGCGAAGAAUAAUUCGUUUGUGGCAACUGCCUCUGCUUUAUGGAACAUUAAUAAUUCCGAACAUCUCAUUAGCACCAGAGAGCAAAUCGUAAGCAACGGAAUCGACUUGGAGAAUAUGAUUGCCCAAAUGCGGUCAGGAAAACUGGAAGGUGAAUUGGAAGACUAUCGUGAGAAAAUUCGCGAAAUACGGUCCAAAAAGCAUACCAUCCAAUACAAAAUGAAUGAAAGACUACAGCAUGUCAAUGCAGAGGAACUGAGCAUUGCAGGAUUCAUUGAUUUGCUGAAAGAGAUAAAACGAGACACUGAAACUAUUGUUCAAUGCCAUGAGCAAGAGCUUCAAAAGAUGGAAAGCGCAUUCAACGAUGGGGCCUUCGAGUCUCCUUUGUUUGCUGAUACAUGUGAGUAGUACGUUGGAUAGAAUGUAUGUGACUUGUGCUGUGUUAGAAAUAGUUUCUGGAAUUUAAACAUGAGUGACAUUAAUUAAACGUUCUAUAAAACAAUUAUGUAUGCUUCGUCUUUGUACUGAAGGAUAAUUCUAUGUUUCAUAUUAAUUUCGACAAAUUAGACAACAUCAAAGCGGACAUUUUUUAAUCUUAUAGAACGGCCUGGCUGUACUGUACGAUUUUCAUUUUCAGACUUGGGAAAAAAGAAAGAGUUUAUUCCAUUCUUUUAUUAGAAAUGAGAGUAGUAUUCUUUUGUUUAAAAUUCAUUUCUUCUAAAAGUCAACGCAUCCAAACAGGUUGCUGUCCUGCCUUUGAAAGCGCUAUACAGUCAGCCUCCGUUGUAGUCAUCAAUGAAUAGGUUCUGUUGUCUACUUGUCUAACCUAGAGUACCUCCUCCUGUCACUGAUUUCUCAUGCCCGAUCUGCGUCGCAUUGAUCAUGCCCUAUUUGUAUUAGUGUACUUGAUAUCGUCUGAUAUCAGACCCUGACGGAUUUGUUCAACUCGUACCCGAUAUUUACUUUUAUCUUUACCUUUCUUUACCUGUGGUUGAUGCAUUUAUAUUGUUUCGUUUAGCGAGUCAUAUACAUAUGUUGUUUUAUGUCCCAAAUAUUGCCAUGCCCUGCUAUGGUUGAUGAAAUUCGCUAAGAUGGUUGAUGAAAUGAAAUGUACACUAAUUCAAUACUAGUGCAGAAUCUUCGUCAUUAUCAUUACCUCUUCUCGUUGCAAAAUUUGCGCAACAAGUGCUGCCUUUUAACGUUCAGAAUGGAGAGGUUCUUCAUUUGGA